ACUGUCCGGUUCCGAAGUUGGCAGCGGUGACGAACGAGAAGACGAAAUGGAUGACUGGGAGGAGGAGGAAGGCGAUAAGGAGGAUAUUGAUGAAAACGAAGUUCGUGAGCAAGUUGGAAGAGCCCAUAUGAAGACAAUGCUUGAUCAAGACCAGCGUGAAGUUCGACUUUUUCAAGAGCUUUUUCUCGAAGAUGGAGAUUUGCAUUCUGAUGGCGGUGGAAGGCAAAGACAAUUUCGGUGGAAACAGGCUGAUGGUGAAAAUACUGAGGGAGACGGUGCCCGUCCAAAAAAUCAAGAAGAUGAAGAAGAUGAAGCUGCUGAAGAACAGGAUGAUCUCACAUGGAGAAAAAUUCACAGUGAUAGAGAAAAAUGGCUCCUGCAACAAAAGUCGCAACAGGAAACGAAUAAAGAAGUGCCAUUGGUUAUGAGCCGGCAAACUAAAAUGGUGAAAAUCAACACUGCUUCCAAAACCAUUAAUCAAAUUACAGAAGGCGAUUCCUCCGCUGCUACUGCCAACGCCAAGCAGUCAACGCAUUCUAAGGCGAACAUUGUGACCACUGUGAGAUGCGGAUCUUUUUUACGCAGAAGUGAAAAAGAUUUAUCAGAAAUUGCAUCGUUGAUGAAAUCCGUGUUACCUGUUCAGGCACCAAGGGUCGGUUCCAAUUUUGUAUUUGCAUCCAUUACUCCGGAGAGGCCAGUCGCCGAGCAAAAUAGGAAACAUAAACAAGAUGGACGUCACCGUCCUCCCUAUAGUUGGACGGUUGCCUCUCAGCUUGGCUUCCAAAUCACGGACUUUAUUGCUCAGCGAUUCGCUGCCUUCUGAUGCGCCACCUCCACGAGCUCCUGGUUUGCCAGUU